GGGGUGGGUGUGAAUGAGAACUCAGUUCCAGGAAGGGUGGAUUGCUGAACCCAACCUGGCCACUGGAGAUGAAAAGCUGCCAGCACCUGGGUGUGUGGGGUCAAGGAAGGGCGGUGCACGGCUGCAGCAAGGAAGAGCAAUGAGCUUGGCAGAGGUGUGCUCCGAACCCAGGAGAGCCCAUGAUGAGAGGCCAAGCGAAGAUGGAGAAUUCAAGCUUGAAAUAUAGCGUCUGAAAAACAGCACGCCUUAAUUCCAAAUGAGAGCUAGAGUUGGCCAGAGUUAGAGGUCUUCUCACGCACACAUUGGUGUCAUCAAAGUGCAGCCUGUUACAGAUUGACCUGUGAUCUGAAGCCAGCUUGCAACACAGGGUUCCCAGCUCGAUACCCCUUACAUGGAGGCUCCAGCUGCUAGCGCCAUGCGGCCAACACCCCUCUUCUCACUCUCAGGAUAUUGAUCCAGACUCGCGGUUCUGUACGGGAAGCGCGCCCUGUACCGGAGAGUGAGGUUCCACAGAUAAGCGCAGGACACCAUGCAGCUGCUGAAGGAGAAAGACACCUGCCAGAACCUUUCUGUAAAGGUUUGUAACAACACUGACACUGAGUGUUCUACCGAGAAGCCCAGGAAAAGCUGGUUAACUGGUGAAGUCUAAAUGAAGAGCCUACUUCUCCACUUACCGUGAGAAACCAGGGGCAGGCCUCCCAUGAGCAUCAACACAGCAGGCACAGCAACUUGAGGCAGGACCAGGCUCCUCCCCUGCAUCAAGGCUCGAAAGGGUUUUGGAGUUAAGUUUGCUAGAGGCUCUGCUGUGGUGAGGCGGUGUACCAGGCAUGGCCAGCUCAAUGAGAAGCCCUCCUCCAUCUGUUUUGUAUCCCUGGACAGAAUGCCCUCUGAAGUCUUGCUGAAUAUAUUUUCCUACUUGGAUGCUGUGAGCUUGCUGGGCACUGGAUGUGUGAACAGUCGCUUUUAUCGUUUGGCCAGUGACAAUCUUAUUUGGAGAAGAAUCUACUCAGCUGCAUUUCCAUCAAAAAGAUCACACUGGAAAGUUCAUUCAGUGGAGGAGACAGCCACGUCUGUGAGCUUGCUGUCAGUUGAGGAUAAAGAAGUUGGAUACUGGAAGAAAGAAUAUAUUACAAAGCAAAUCUCAUCUGUGAAAGAAGCACUAACCCAAAUUGCCAAACCUGUUAACUCCUACACAGGUCUUCCUACAAAAUUCAAAGAGGUCUUCAGGUGUGUAGGCUGCUCUUGGAUGCUUCACUGGCUCCUGGACAGAACCACGGGAUUGUCCAGAGUAUUUGGCCUACGUUUUGCAAUUAUAUUAAGAGAGAAAAGUGGAAAGGAGCACAUCAUGCAGCAUGCUGGUGUUUCCUUCAAUGACGCAUCCGUCACUGUUGUGUGGUAUGGCAAAAGUUGGCCAAAGCUGGCCUUGUUGUCCACCCUGGAUUUGUGUGGUAUGAUGCCAGUUUUUGCAGAUCGGCAUAAAACCUUUGACCCAUAUGGGCCACGGUGGCUGUCUUUAAUUGCAAAGUAUGAUCUGGAUCAUUUAAGGGAGCCUGCCAUCUUUGGCUGUGACAGACUUGUCCGGAUAUUCUGUCUAAAUCCUGGCCUUCUGGUGGGGCUAUGGCAGAAGGACGCAGGACUGGCUUUUGUCAUGGCAAAUCUUCAUUUUCAUCACCUUGUGGAGAGAAGCACAUUAGGCUCAGCCACUCUCCCUUAUGUGUCACCUCAGCAUCAUGGUCCCUUUUUGGAUGACAGCCCAGAAUAUGGACUGCAAGGCUAUCAGCUCCACAUUGACAUGCACGGCGGUGGAACUUUCUACCUGUGUAGCACACUUUACGCUCUCUUCUCCAGCAAAGAGUGCAUUGAAAAUGGAUAUGCGAAGUUCAUGGUGAUAAAUCUGAACAAUAACAGACAGCACCUGCCUCUUAUUGGGAAAGUUGGCCUUGCAUGGAGAACUACUAUUUUUAAUGGCUUUAUUGAGAAUUGCUCUUUCAUGGACCUGACUGUUCUGGAAGAGUACAGGAAGCCCUUUUGGUGUGUGACUUCUCCAGUGCACUUGAGGUCUGCCCCCCACCCCUCUGACGGUCCUCAUUUCCAGGGGCACACUUACUAUGUGGACUACAUGGACCCAGAAGGAGGAGUGCAUGCAGAGCUGUUGUGGAUCGAAGAGACAGAAGAAUACUUCAUUGUCAGCCUUGUCCUUUACCUCAGUGUAGCAAAAAUAAACCAUUGGUUUGGGACAACAUACUGAGUUUUAGAAAUAGGUGGCAAAGUCUUGUUAUUAUGAGGUGUUUAUUUUUUAUUUUUACAUUUUUGUUCUUAUUGAAAGUUAAAAUAAAGCAUACCCACAGCAGUCUGUCUGGUGUCUUCUUAUUUUCCAUUAACGACUCUGGUCUUUGAGUAAAGUGUUUAGAAGAUUUCUUUAGCUGUAGUAGACUUAGAUUGCUCUUGGAUAGGUGUGAGCUGCAGAAGCCACAGGCAGACAGGCACACUCAGCACUACCAUGCUGGAGACAGGUAGGGUUUGGCCUGAAGGGCAAGCAGUAGGGUGCCUAGGAAGGUGCGCUGCCUAGAAGAAUGCACCACAAGACUCCUGAGUAGUGGAUCUCAUGUGCUAACCAUGGCUGAAGCACAGAGCCAA